UUUUUACAUAUUCAAAGUCAAUCCAACUGCAGACUCAAGUUUCAAUGGGAAAGUUAUACAAAAGUUGCAAAACGGAUAGAGAAAUCCACUGAGCAAAACUUUCGUUUACUUGUACAAGAUUUUCAUGAUGCUCAACAGAUCUCCAAAUGGAAAACACAGCUCCACAGACAAGUGUGUAUUUAUAGAGACUUGACAGCCCAGAAGUUUGAUCACCAACUUUAAGGUUUAAAGUUAUUACACAAGCUAAGCAAGAUGGUUCUCAAGAACAUAUGGAGGAGUGUUCUCCCCGGGUGUUUCAAGCUUAAUAACAAAUGCGAGGAGACCAAGAAGAAGGAUUUGAAGGAGAGUUUGUCCAAGAGGCUGUCACUUUCGGAUAUAAGUUACCAGAGCUCGUCGUUUUCUUUGAUCAGUGACCUUUCUAACUCUGUCAUUGGCCUCAGUCUUCAUAUCUUUACUCUCGCGGAGCUUGAGCUGAUUACUCAUAAUUUUUGUUCGAGUAAUUUUGUUGGGGAAGGGGGGUUCGGACCAGUUUAUAAGGGCUUUAUUGAUGACAAGCUUAGGCCUGGAUUGGAAGCUCAACCUGUGGCUGUUAAGAGAUUGGAUCUGGAAGGUAGGCAAGGCUGCAGGGAAUGGCUGGCGGAAGUGAUAUUUCUUGGGCAAUUAACACAUCCCCAUCUGGUGAAGUUGAUUGGUUAUUGUUGUGAAGAUGAGCAUCGGCUUCUUGUGUAUGAAUAUAUUGCCAGAGGAAAUCUCGACAAUCAACUGUUUAGCAAGUACUCUGUUUCACUGCCAUGGUUGACAAGAUUGAAGAUUGCAGUGGAUGCCGCAAAAGGCCUUGCUUUUCUCCACUGCCAAGAGCCUCCUAUCAUCUAUCGUGAUUUCAAGGCUUCCAACAUUCUAUUAGACUCUGAUUACAGUGCUAAGGUCUCUGAUUUUGGGCUGGCCAUGGAUGGUCCUCAAGGCGUUGAUGCCCAUGUCACAACAAGUGUAAUGGGAACCGAAGGCUAUGCUGCCCCUGAAUAUAUCACCACAGGACAUUUGAGCACGAAGAGCGAUGUGUUCUGCUAUGGAGUCGUGUUGCUAGAAAUAUUAACAGGACGACGAGCUAUAGACAAGAGUCGACCAAGUAGGGAGAAGAGGCUGACUGAUUGGGCCAAGCCAUUUCUGAGGGAUCCCAAGAAACUAGACCGGAUAAUGGACCCGAGACUGGAAGGGCAGUACUCAAAAGAAGGAGCUAAGAAGGCCGCUGCACUGGCCUAUCAAUGUCUGAGCCACCAUUCCAAGUCAAGGCCGACGAUGACUCAUGUGGUCAAGACACUGGAGCCCCUCUUGGACUUGAAGGACAUCCCGGUUGAUUUUUUUGUGUAUACUGUUUCAACAGAUGGAGAAAGAUCGCAAAAUGACAAAGACUUGAGCAUGAGAAUGCAAGAAGACGGAGCAAAGACGUGUAAAAUUGUGAAGAAAAGCUCCAUGAAGAAGGAAGGACACCGAGCAAGGCGUCUGACAAAAUCAUCAAAAUCUCGGGCUGUGUACUCUGAUACAGCUCUUUAUACAACACAUAGAAAUGCUUAUGAACUGCCAUUGCAUCAAGAGAAAGAAAUCACAGUUAGGGAAGGCUAGGAAAAAGAUGUACAGAUGCUGUCUUUUCGAUUUUUAGGAAUUCAGUUGAAAGUGUGACGAGAACCUAUUCCUUCUAAGUGUGACAUAUUAGGCGAUGUGUAAUUUAAUUUCUCAAGUGUCCGCAAUGGGUAGUUGUCAAGUGUGAAUUGAUGAGGCGGAAUUUUCUUCCUUCUGCUCAUCUCUCAAGUAUUAUGGAUAAAAUGAGUAGUACUCGUUUAUAUUGGUAUCUACUUUUACAAAUUUCAGUUU